UCACAAGCUGCGGCGUUAAGUCAACCCGGAAGCUGAGAAGUGCGUAGGGAUCCAUCCUUCCCUCCAAGCCUUUGUUUUCGAUCUGGAAGCGUCUGAAGGAUCUGAGGUCACAUUUCGUUUCCUGCUUCGGGGUCGGCAAUCUGCGAUUUCCUCUAUUACCUAUGGCCGGUGCCCGUGCGCUGGGCGAAAGUGGUGGGGGUGGUGUAGCCGCCAUGGACUAUUCAGUACACGAGGCUUGGAACGAAGCCACCAACAUUUACUUACUGGCGGUGCUGGCCAGCUUGGCCCUGUUGGUGUACGCCCGCAGAAAUAAGAGGAAGAUUAUGAGGAUUUUUACAUUACCUCCAACUGUAGAAAUACCACCUGAACCAAAUUUUUAUGACAGCAUGAAAAAAGUCCGUCUUCGGCAGCAAUUAGAGAUGUAUUCUAUUGCAAGGAAAUAUGACCACCAGCAGCAACCACAGAAACAGACUGAUAGUGUACAGCUUUUGGUGGAAUGAAGUUUUGAAUUUCUGAGGAUGUGCUGAGGAUGUCAGAGUAUUGAUGAUAAUCACUUGCAGUGCAACUUUAAUGGUAUUUAAUAUUUUUAAAUGUGCACUAAUUGUAUAAUCUAUGUUUUAACUAUAGGCUCUGAAUUUAUGUGUUACUGUAGAGUGAUUCUCUAACAUCUGAAAAGUACAGAAAUGAAUACUGCUGUUACUUCUGAGUUUAUUUCCAGUAAAAAUAUGAGCUCAGAAGAGCACUGAGAUGAUCACUGCAGUUCCUGCAGCUGUUUCAAAUCUUCAUUUAAAGAGGGACAGAGGCACAUACUAUUUGAUGUGCCAUAAUGCUGCAAGAAAUCCAGCUACUUCUAUAAAUGAAGAAUUUCCCACAAUGGGACUUUUAAUAAACACUGCACUCAAUGAGGCAGAUAUAUUGAAUUGUAAUGUACAACUGAAUAUACAUAAAUAUGAAAAUUUUAGGAAAUGUAUUUCUGUAUGCAGCAAUUAGAACAAAAAUUAGAGUAAGGAACAAACUGUGCAUUCUGUGAAUAUGAUGAAACAAGAGUAUUUUUGCACUUGUUCUUUUAAUUGUUUAAUUGUUUUAUUCUAUUGAAUUCUGAAAUUAUUUAAGAAAUCUCCCCAAUAGCAAUAGCACUUAGACUUAUAUACCACUUCACAGUGCUUUAAGCCCUCUCUAAGUGGUUUACAGAGUCAGCAUAUUGACCCCAACAAUCUGGGUCCUCAUUUUACCGACCUCGGAAGGAUGGAAGGCUGAUAAAUGACAAUACGUAGUAGUUUGCAAUAUUUUAUGAGUGGGGCAAACUUAAUAUUUUAGACUUACAGGUAGAAUGCUAAAACAGGAUAUGUUGAAAUUCAGAUAACAGCACUAUUUUUGUCACUUACAAUGGAUAAAUAUCAAUUAUCUGUCGGUUUAUCAAAAAGGUCGUAAAGUAUGGCGGAAGCGGGGGGCCAUAUCAAGCGUUGGGAGCACGUGCUCGCUGUCUCAAAGCGAUCACGUGCUCCGGCCCCUCAGUCUUUACUCGUUCCCCGGGCGGUCAUGGUCUUCAGAGCCUUGGCCUCCGGUUGAUGUUAUGUAAUGCCUGGUCCGUGGUCAAUAAGGCCUCCCUGAUUGGUGAUCUUAUUCAGAGGGGAGCUGCGGACCUUAUGGGCAUUACGGAGACCUGGUUGGGUCCGGGGGGGGGGUUUCCCCUUGUGGAGCUAUGCCCGCCAGGUUUAGGAGCAUUUCAUCAGCCGAGAGCCCAAGGUAGGGGUGGGGGGGUAGCGAUUGUUAUUAGGGAAAGUCUAGAGCCAAGGGAGGCCACUGUACCUCAGAUUGCCGGUUGUGAAUCCCUCUUUGUGAAGUGGGGCCAUCGGAAUCAGAUGGGCUUGUUGAUCACGUACCUGGCUCCUUGCUGCGUGACCACAGCCCUACCCGAGUUGUUGGAGGUGCUCGCCGGGGUGGCGGUUGAGACCCCCAGACUUAUAGUCAUGGGGGACUUUAACCUGCCAUCGACGGGCUUGUCAUCGACAAUGGCUCGGGAGUUCCAGGCUUCCAUGACGGCCUUGGACCUGAUUCAAGAAAUUGAUGGCCCCACGCACACAGGGGGUGGCACACUGGACUUAAUUUAUAUCUCUGGUCAGUGGCGAAAUGAUCUGGUAUUAGAUAAGUUAGAAACAGAACCGGUGUCAUGGUCAGAUCAUUUUCUCCUUCGCCUAGAUUUUCGGACCGCUAUCCACCACUGCAGGGAGACGGAGCCAAUGCGUUGGUUCUGUCCCAGGCACCUGAUGGACCAGGAGAGGUUCCUGAUGGAGCUUGGGCCGUUUCCUGAGGACCUGGCCCACGGCACGGCUGAAGAGCUAGUUGCGGCCUGGGAACGGGCCACGGCUGGAGCUUUGGACCAUGUCGUGCCCUUGCGGCCUCUGACCCGGCGUAGAUCUCGACCGGCCCCUUGGUUCUCCGAGGGGCUGAGGGAGAUGAAAUGCCGGAGAAGACGCCUAGAGAGUGUCUGGAGGUCCAGCCAUUCUGAGGCUGACCGAACACUAGUUAGAUCCUAUUCUAGGACCUACCUAGUGGCAAUGAGGGAGGCGAGGCGUUUCUACGCUUCCACCCUCAUUGCGUCGGCAGAUAACUGCCCGGCCGCCCUGUUUCGGGUGGCCCACUCCCUCCUGCAUCAGGAGGUGUGGGAUGACCCGUUGCAGGGCCGUGCCGAGGAGUUUAGUGGUUAUCUAUACGACAAAAUUGUUCAGCUCCGGGAUGGCUUGGACCGAAAUUGGGAUGAUCCAGGUGGGAGGGCGGAGUCGCGUCUUGUGGAUGUUAUUUGGGAUGAAUUUGAUCCUGUGACUCUCGAGGACGUGGACAGGUUGCUGGGGAGGCUGCACACUACGACAUGUUUACUGGACCCGUGCCCUUCCUGGUUGGUGCUGGCCUCCCGGGAAGUGACACGAGGCUGGCUCCAGGGGAUUACCAACGCUUCUUUGUUGGAGGGAGUUUUCCCUGCCGCCUUGAAGGAGGCGGUGGUGAGACCCCUCCUCAAGAAGCCUUCCCUGGACCCAGCUAUUUUAGGUAACUAUCGUCCGGUCUCCAACCUUCGCUUUAUUGCGAACGUUGUAGAGAGUGCUGUGGCACGGCAGCUACCCCAGUACCUGGAUGAAGCUGUCUAUCUAGACCCGUUCCAGUCCGGCUUCCGACCCGGAUACAGCACGGAGACAGCUUUGGUCGCGUUGGUGGAUGAUCUCUGGAGGGCCAGAGACAGGGGUCAUUCCUCUGCCCUGGUCCUAUUAGAUCUCUCAGCAGCUUUCGAUACCAUCGACCAUGGUAUCCUGCUGCGCCGGUUGGAGGGGUUGGGAGUGGGAGGCACCGUUUAUCGGUGGUUCUCCUCCUAUCUCUCCGACCGGUCGCAGACGGUGUUGACAGGGGGGGCAGAGGUCGACCGCGAGACACCUCACCUGUGGGGUGCCACAAGGGUCGAUUCUCUCGCCCCUCCUGUUCAACAUCUAUAUGAAGCCGUUGGGCGAGAUCAUCAGUGGCUUUGGGGUGAGAUAUCAACUGUACGCUGAUGAUACUCAGCUGUACUUUUCCACCCCUGGCCACCCCAACGAAACUGUCGAAGUGCUGUCCCGGUGUUUGGAAGCCGUACAGGUCUGGAUGGGGAGGAACAGGCUCAAGCUCAAUCCCUCCAAGACGGAGUGGCUGUGGAUGCCGGCACCCCGAUUCAGUCAGCUGCAGCCGCAGCUGACUGUUGGGGGCGAGUUAUUGGCCCCAAAGGAGGGAGUGCGCAACUUGGGUGUUCUCCUGGAUGCACGGCUGUCGUUUGAAGAUCAUUUGGCAGCCGUCUCCAGGAGAGCCUUUCACCAGGUCCGCCUGGUUCGCCAGUUGCGCCCCUUCCUUGACCGGGAUGCCCUAUGCACAGUCACUCAUGCUCUUGUUACCUCCCGCCUGGAUUAUUGCAAUGCUCUCUACAUGGGGCUCCCCUUGAGAUGCACUCAGAGGCUUCAGUUGGUCCAGAAUGCAGCUGCGCGGGUGAUAGAGGGAGUCUCACAUAGCUCCCAUGUGACACCUCUCCUGGGCAGACUGCACUGGCUUCCUGUUGCCUUUCGGGUGCAUGUCAAGGUUUUGGUUAUCACCUUUAAAGCGCUCCAUGGCUUGGGACCUGGGUACUUACGGGAUCGCCUGCUGUUACUUCAUGCCUCCCACCGACCCGUACGCUCGCACAGAGAGGGCCUUCUCAGGGUGCCGUCCGCCAGACAAUGUCGGCUGGCGGCCCCCAGGGGAAGAUCCUUCUCUGUGGGGGCCCCUACUCUUUGGAAUGAACUUCCCCCGGUUUACGUCAAAUACCUGACCUUCAGACUUUUCGCCGCGAACUGAAAACAUAUGUUUGUUCGUGCGGGGCUUUCUUAAAUUGUCUAGUUUUAAAUUUUAAAUUUCUUUUUAGUUUUAACUUGGGGUAUUUUAGAUUUUUAACUAUUUUAAUUUCGGCCACACUGUAUAAUAAGUUUUUAAAUUUAUUUUAACUGUACAUUGUUUCUUUUUUACUUUGGCUGUACACUGCCCUGAGUCCUUCGGGAGAAGGGCGGUUUAUAAAUCUAAUAAAAUAAAAUAAAUAAAUAAAUAAAUAAAAUAAAAUUGACAGUGGAAAUAUAAAAUAUUCAGAUGCUUAAAUAUUUGCAGCAUAUUUUAUUUGGGCAUGUUUGAAAAUUUGAAAGUUUUAAUUGAUUGUAUUUUAAUUUACAUCUUAAACAUGGACAGUAUUAUUUUUCAAAUAAUAGACAUUAAUUUUGGCUAUUAAACGGCCAGUUCUAAUACAUUUGUUAUACAUUUAUACAUUUCUCAUAUACAUAUAUACAUACAUACAUACAUACAUACAUACAUACAUACAUACAUACAUACAUAUAUAUAUUCUAAUGCUUUUGUAAAUUUUAACUUCUGAAUAAGACAAGAGUUGCUGAAUUUUGCAAGUACUAAUUCUAAUUCUGAGAUUCUUUGGGGGCAACACCAAAAUAAUUGUUACAUCUAAACAGUGGUUGAUCAACUGGACUGCAGAAAGGUUAGAGCAAUAUAUUCUUUCAUACUGUUUUGAUCAGUAUCAUGUAAUUAUUUUUGUGGGGAUUCCUUUCUGGUAUCCUUUUGUAGUACAGUCCAGAUAAUUUAAAUCUGAAUAUAAGCUUCAUACUUAUGCUAGUGUAAUCAUAAAAGGUGCCUGUCAUACUAUUAAGUGAUGCUCACAUUUGAAGUUGCUAGAAUUGUCCCCCAUUUGCAUUAGUUGCUAUAAGGUAUUAACUUUAUGAGCCAUCUAAACAGUGUAAUAGAAGACAAGUGAGAUAAAUACAUUUCCGUUGGCUGACUGAUCUGUAUACCUUACUACGUUAUGGUGCUUGUUUUUCUAGUUGUCUUUGAGUUAUGUCAAAAUACAGCCUGUAUUUUACUAAAAUACAUCCUUUUAUGUUCUGAAUAUGAUAUAUUUGAAAGUAGCAUCACUUUCCUUGUAUUGUUAAAUCCGUUAAAUACCACAAUUAAUGUUAGCUGUAAGCAUGCUCUUGUAAAUGUCUUCAUGGCCUCUGUGUAUAAAAUAUUUAUUUUUUACAAAAGUAAAAAUAUUUAAAAGUU